CGCUUCACUUGUUCUUCCUCCUCUUUGCGAUCAGCGGACAGCUCACUGGAGUCUCGUCUGUUAACAAGACACCAGCAAAAGCUAACAACUGUCCUAAAGGAUGGCGUCGCCUUGACUGUAAAUGUUUCAUCUACCAACCCAAUGCGAGGAUGCUUGCAGAUGCAGAGAGCGUCUGCAAUAUUCUUGGUGCAAAUUUAGUUUCCAUCCACAGUGCCGUGGAAAAUGCGUUUGUUCAUGAACUGUUUGAAGAGGGCAGGUCAACAACUGACACCGCUCUCUGGAUUGGACUCCAUGACGUGUUUACGGAUGACGAAUUCUAUUGGACAGAUGGCACAGAGUUUGAUUUCAGUGGCUUUGAUACGGGUGAUUCAGAGCCUGGGAGCACGGCAGACGGUACAUGUGUAUCCAUGGCUCAGGACGAUACAUUGUGGGACACUGAAAUGUGCACAGAGGAACGUCCGUAUAUUUGCAUCACUGAAGUUCUGACUCACUCACACUAA